GACCUUAAAAGAACUAUGGAAAAUGCAUAACUCGCUGGUUUCCAAAUUGCUGCUGCGCCUGCUGCUGCUGUUCGCCCUGGUGACAGGUGCCUCCAUUGUAGUGCUCACAAAAUGCGGAUUCGAUGAAAUUUCGGCGAGGGAAACGGAACCCAAUAAUCCCAGUGAAUCUAGUGGAUUUAGUUAUGCGAUAAGCGAACGGGAGGCGGAAAUUGAGCGGCUUAAACAGGAGGUUUUGGCCCUGCGAACUCAGAUUCUGUUUCUGCAAAAUAACCGCAGUGCUGCCAAGAUAUCCAAUGGCAGUCUCCAGCUGCAAGAAACCACCGUGGGUCCACCAACUGCACCGCUGGGUCACCACUUCGACUGCAGCAGCUACAUUCGCAAACAGGUGGGUGCCGCCGAAAUUCUGCACGGACUGCCACUGAACAAUGAGUACGAGCUGAUACCCUACAAUCACUUCACCUUCACCCGGGUGUAUCCCAUCGAUUUGGGCCUGGGCAAGCGCGUGGUGGAGAAACCCAUCGGCUACCGACGACGCGACCUCAUCGAGGCUGUAAACAAGGCUCUGGAGAGCCUGAACCGGAAUCAUUCGGCGAGGAUACGAGCAAAGGGAGCUGGUUCUUCCGGGGGCUACUCCUCGGAUGUCAUCAAGUACACUCUGGAUGAUUUUAUAGAGGGAAUAUAUCGCAACGAACCCACCACAGGCACCCAGUACGAGCUGUACUUCCAGAGUGUAAAGCACCAGACGAGUCCUGUGAGAAGAGCCCUGGUCAUGCGACCCUUUGCUCCCCUACAAACUGUACAGCUAUCGGAGCUAUCAUCCAGUUUGGACAGUGGUAGCGCCGAUCCAAGUCACAGUUCGCCCGUGAUCCAUGUGAUAUUACCUCUGUCAGGACGUCUGCACAGCUUUCGCAGCUUCCUGCAGAUGUUCGCAAGGCUCGAAGAUCGUCGAUUGGAGCUCAUUGUGGUGUACUUUGGAACCAGUGGAUUAAGCCAAGCCAAACGAUUGGCAGGACGAUCGCAAAGGACACAGUUCUUGGCUCUAAAUGAGACUUUUAGCAGGGCCAAAGCUUUGAGACUGGGAGCGGAGCAUAUUCAACCAGCAGGAGAGGACGUACUACUCUUCAUGUGCGACGUUGACAUUAUGUUUACGACCAGAUUCCUCGAGCGCUGUCGCUGGAAUGCCGCUCCAGGCAAGAAGGUAUACUACCCGGUGGUUUUCAGCCUAUACAACCCGCAUGUGGUAUACUCGCUGCAGGGCAAACCUUUGCCUGGCGAAGAGGAGCAGCUCGUCAUAUCGCGGGACACCGGGUUCUGGCGGGACUUUGGCUACGGGAUGACUUGUCAGUACCGCUCGAACUUCCUGCAGGUGCGCGGCUUCGACGAGGAGGAGAUCGUGGGAUGGGGCGGCGAGGAUGUGAUGCUCUACCGAAAGUAUGUCCGCUCCAAGAUCAAAAUCAUCAGGGCCACGGAUCCGGGAAUCUUCCACCGCUGGCACACCAAGAUCUGUUCCAGUUCGCUGACAGCCGAUCAGUAUCGCGCUUGCAUACGAUCGAGGGCCUUAAACGAGGCCUCGCACGCCCAACUUGGAUUCCUGGCUUUCCGGGAUGAUAUAGCAGCCGCUAAUGCGGCAAAGAUGUUAUCGUGAUACUGGACUAUCUCUUAUGUAUCACCAAUCGCUUGGCUUCUCUAUCUUUCAAGUGUGUGUGAAAGGAUAGCAGUGAUCUAGCUUAAAUAUCUAGGCAACUUCGUUGUAUUUAUAUUUUUCAUGUCUUUGAAGGGCAUUUCUCAAUUUUAUGUUAACCUUCUAGUUAAAAGUUAAAACGACAUUAAGAAAUCGACCCUUGUCGUAUUACAUUGCCUUUUUCUACAGCUACUUUUUAAUUACUUUUAUAUUAAAAAUUCAAAAUGAUUAUGUUUGAAAUUAUUUAAUAUUUAUUUUGUUAGGUAGAAUAAACAAAUAUUUGUGAUACUUCUUCUUCGUUCCCCGUAAAUAUAUUUUAUUUUAUCUUGGCCUGCUUUAGCUUAAAAUUUUGUAAUAACCAAAUCAUUACAACCACUGCCACUUUUCACACAUGCAACCACACAUACUGUAGGCUAUAAAGUUUGUACAACUUGAGACAAUAACUCGUAUUUAGCAGACUCGUUGAAUUAGCUUAAUUGUUGAUCUUGUUGCGCCCUCGAGAGAGCCACACACAAUGACAAAUCGCACUGUACACACACACAUCACAAAUUGUUCUUCCAUGAAGCAAACUAGAUGCAAUCUCCAGAGCCCAAGAAACUAUAUAUUUACGAGUGCCAUAUCGAACCCGUAUCUCAAACUGAGCCUAACAAAUCUGCCAGACUGUUGCGCGCUUUGUAAAAACUAAAUUAAAGUGUUUAAU